UGUGUGUGUGUGUGUGUGUAACAGUGCUACACUGUAGUUCUCGCGCCACACUACAGCGUGUAUUAUCUGUGUUUAGAGUGUUUAAAGUGUAAACUGUACAACACAGUAAACUGAUACCAUGUUCCACUGUGAGUCGCAAGCGCUUCAUUGUCGCAGCUUCCACCACUGUGUGGAUGGAAAAUAAAUGGAAAAAGUGACUUUUGUUUCUAAAUAUUACUUAUAUUAUUAUUAUUAUUAUUAUUAUGUCUCUGCUAUUGCCAGUGGUUCACACACCUACACAUGAAACCAUUAACUCCGUGUGUGUUUGUGUGUGUGUGUGUGUAACACACCGCUCUACUGUACUUAUGUACGCAGUUAGUAGCGUUACAUUCCUUUGCACACCCCCCCUCCCCCCGCUUCCAUCGGCAGCCCCUCCCUCUGUCGUUCGGGAGGGAGGGGGGUCCAGUCCCGCUCCAGUAGGCGCUGAGGUCGCAGUCGCUGCCAUGGCGCCCGCGUGCCCCCUGUCCCUGUCCCUGUCCCUGCUCGUGCUGUCCUCCGUGUCCCCCGCGGCUCGCGCCCAGUACGAGACCUACAGCUUCCGCAGCUUCCCGGUGCACGAGCUCAUGCCCCUGGACGCCGCGUACCGGCACGCGCUCGAGCAGUACGCGAGCGAGCGCUGGAGCGAGAGCGCGCAGUACCUGCAGGUGAGUCUGCGGCUCCACCGGCUGCUCAAGGACAGCGAGACCUUCUGCCACCUCAACUGCUCGUCGAGUGCGCGGCCCCCCCGGGACGAGCCGGGCUCCUCCGGCUUCCCCGAGCUGCGCGCCUUCGGCUCCGUGCUGCGGCGGGCGCGCUGUCUGCGGCGCUGCAAGCGGGGACUGGUGGCGUUCCGGCAGGGCGCGCCGAGCCGCGACACCCUGGAGCGCUUCGAGCGGAGGGAGCCGUACCGCUACCUGCAGUUCGCCUGCUACCAGUCCAACGACCUGGCCAAGGCCAUUUCGGCAGCCCACACCUUUAUGGUGAAGCAUCCGGAUGAUGAGAUGAUGAAGAGGAACAUGGAGUACUACACGAGCCUCCCGGGAGCAGAGGAGCACCUCAAGGACCUGGAGGCCAAGUCAUAUGAGGCUCUGUUCGUAAGGGCGGUGCGCGCCCACAACGGGGAGAAUUACCGCAUGUCGGCUACGGACAUGGAGCUGGCGCUGCAAGACUACUUGAAGACGUACGAUGAGUGCGUGGCUGUGGCCGAGGGCUCCAGGGAAAUCCGCGACUUCAAGGACUUCUACCCGUCUAUAGCGGACCAUUACGCGGAGGUGCUGGAGCGCAAGGUACGGUGCGAGGGCGAGCUCACCCCGGUGGUCGGGGGCUACGUCGUGGAGAAGUUUGUCGCCACCAUGUACCAUCACCUCCAGUUCGCCUACUAUAAAUUGAACGACCUGAAGAACGCGGUGCCCUGCGCAGCCAGCUACCUGCUGCUGGACCCUGACGACGAGGUCAUGAAGAACAACAUGGUUUACUACCAGUUCCACAAGAACAAGUGGGGCCUCACCGAGGAGGAUUUCGUACCCAGAGCCGAAGCAGUGCGGUAUGUGAACCAGACCACCAUGCAGCUGGAGAUGCUCAGGUUCUCCCAACAACAUCUGCAGCCGGACGAUGAGAUGGAGGUGCUGACGUUUCUCGAUGAGCUUCUGGAGGCAGACGAUAGGCUCUAAUGUUGGUGCCAAAAGCAGAAAGUUAGGAGUGAAAAGACACGGUGCACGUCCAGCACGCACAAGCACACAACGCUCCUCUCUGCCAGCGAUCGCACACCUGGCACUUCGCUGUGACCACUGACUGUCCUUCGCUUAUGGUUCUGUUUGUUGAGCUUUAAAGGCCAUCGCUGACCUGUUGGUCUUUCCAAAGCCUUCCUCGGUUUUUCUCCUCUUCUUCUGAGAACUGCAGCCACCUUCUUCCUUCUCUCCCUUCUGGCCGCAUUGCCUUUGUCUUCACUGCAGCCCCAGAGCUUCCCAAAGGUGUUCGCCGGGAGACUCCACUACGUAGACUUUCCAGUGAGAGAAAAGUCAAGGUUCGCUUUCCCACGUCUAGGAUGUUAAGCCGUACUGUGGACAUGGAGUCAGUUGCUAUAUCAGUCGCUUUGGCUCUGCAGGAAACUGCUGAAUGCCAAAGAAGGGCAGGGUGGUUGCGAGGAAGCCAGGGGUGUCUGACAGCGCUGUUUUACGUGUUGUACCGUUCUGUACUUUUUUAUUUAUGAAAAAUCUGAUUUGUAGGAUUAUUAACUUCUAAGACCUUCCCGUGGAAAUUUUGGCAAAAUGUGAAAUUCCCACCGCCGAAGAUGUGGACAUUGUGAUCUUUCUGCGAAUAAAACAGUUUCUGCCGCUUGCUGUUGGCGCUGUCCUGUCUGCAUUCUGUUUCUGCUCCACGCACAUGUUGAGUGUGAUGUCCUCGCCCCGGAGACGUGCGAAGGUAAGAGCUCCUGCUUUCACUGGUCCUCCACACCACCGCUUCUCCAAGCAGUGCGUUUCUCUAUGGCUGUUUUUUGUCAGUGACUGUACCAAGGAGAGAAAAUACCUCUGUAUAAUCUGUGAAUAAAGGAUGCGACCUCAAGCUGCGCUGCUCACCAACAUGAGAAGAUGUGAAUUUACUGCAACAAGUACCGUAGAGUCCUUCAAAAGUAGUCUUGUAACUGAAAGGUUGCAAGUCCAAGGCCUGCUGUUGUACCAAGGAGCCAGAUGUUUCAGCAGAAAGAUGCAGCACAACUCGUAGGAGCUGAUGAAAUGGCUCAGACGCUUUGCACUCCAGCUGUUCUGAGAUCAGCUUCUGCUGGGUAAAACUGCUUCUGUAGCUUCUUUACUGUGAUACAGAAGCUGAGCGUUGCGAAGGCCUCAGCUCAGUGAAGAUGGUGGUUAUGAUGACGACGAUGACGACGACGGUGAUUUAUGGCUCUGUGUUAGCUGUGUUGGCGGUAAGUGACAAGUGGGUGUGGACAGCUGCUAGUCUGGUGGUUAGAGCUGCUGCCUUUGGACCCAAAGGUUGUAGGUUUGAAUCUCACCUCUGGCUGUAUUGCUCCUGAGCAAGGUCCUAACCCUGACUUGUUCCACUGAAAGUUGCUUAGCUGUAUGAAUGGGUCAACAGGUAUAUAUUGCUUUGGAGGAAAGUGAAAUUAUCUACGUCUCUUUGUAUAUCUAUCUGUUGUUCAGUAUCCUAAGUUUUUUUUUUUUUUUUUUUUUUAACAAAUGCUGGGUA